AUGGCGGCGAGUAUAAUUGCAAUUUCCUCGGUGGCCACCAUUCCUACCAGCGAUGCUGUUCCCCUGAUGCAGGCGCUGAGCACGCCCCUCUUCCCGGAACGGGUGAGGGCCGCGAUCGUGUUGGCCAUCAACAAUAAGGUCAGCGCCGCCGUGCCAGAGUUGACGCCAGGCAGCGCAGGGAGAACGGAGCUCCAGAACGCCGCGCAUAUCCACGACUACUUCACUCAGGAGGAUUGGUUGGCCCUCACCGGUUUCAACAAGACGAGUCGCUCCCGCCUCGAGGUGGUCGUGAACAGGAUGCGCCUGCUCAACAUACUGAACCCUAACGAGACCACAAAGGCUCACGCCGUGCUGCUGACGAUCAGAGCUGCCACGCCCGUCGGCGAGGAGCCUCCGCUUCGCCCGGCUACGACGCUGAACUUGAUGAACGAGUUCAAGACGAUCUUGAGACGAGUUCGGAGGUUCCACGCGAGCACCGUCGCGCCGAUGGUAGACUACUACGAGGACCCGCAGCAGUUGCGCACCAACAACCCUGACCUCUACGCGCAGGCCUACCCCAGCGACGCUCCGAUCCCGUGCCCCAGCGACGUAGGCCAGUUGGAGAUCAUGCGUCGCCAGCUCCCGCUCAGGGCCUCGCACGGCGCCGCGAGGCUUCAGCCCGCCAGUGGUUCAGGUUCCAUCAUCGACGUGGUAGCCUCGUCGCCGGAACUGGUGACUGAGGUUAAGGUGGUGGCGCCCGCGGACGCGGGGCUGCGCAGCGACCAUCGCCGCCUUGAUGUUUCGGUCGCUGGCGUGGUGGACUGCACGGGGGAGUCGGCAGUGGGCUUCGCGAGGUGGGUGCGUGGCGCCGACUGGGGGGAGGCUUUACUGUUGGCACCACUCGCGUUACGAUUUUUGGUGGGCUGGGCGGGCACGGCCAUGCGGUCAGCUGUCGUCCGUCGCUGGGUAGUCGAAGGGCGCUGCCGGGGCACGCGGCAGGGCCUGCUCGACCGGGUGGUUUGGUGGAGGGCUGUUGUCUACACCCUAGCUGGCCAUUUUGCGGGCAUGUCGGUUGCGCACGGCCCACGCGGCCAGCCGCGGGGAGUAGGCGCUGCCGGUGCGGACCGCGACGAUGACGACGAGGGCGUGGGGCCAGGGGAGCUGCGGGCGGCGCGGGCCGCGGCGGCUGCGGGCGAUGCGGACCCGCCCGCCCGGAAAGCCGCCACCAGAGCUCUUGACAGGUACCUCGAACUCGCAGCGGCGUCGCCCGGCGAGGCGGAAGCCUUCCUGAGUCGCGCAUUGGAACCCCGUCUGCCGGUACAGUUGGCCUUGCGGUGCCCGGUGUCCGGUGAGUUAUUAGGGCUGGCCGACGCUCUGGAGGUCAUCACCGAGGAUGCGUUGUCACGCGGAGCGCAGGCUGGGUCUGGCGACGCAGCCUUCAACCGCGCCGUGGCCGAUGAGGUCCGCCAGGCACGCCGGGAAUCGCAAGCGGAGGCGGCAGAGUUGGGCACGGGCGACCCGUUCUCCCUGGAUGACGUCAACGCGGUCCUCAGGGAGAUGAAGGGGAACCGGCGUUCCCUGUACCUCCCGCGCGCGGCCGUCCUCACCGAACUCUGGGGCGGGAGGCUCGUCACCUGGGCAUUGGUAUGCUUGGUGGCGGUCUCGGGCCUUAUGCCAAGUGGAUGGCGGCGCGAGGUGGCGCCCAUCCGGAAGCGGGGGCCCGUGGUAGUGUCUGACGUCGCCCACCUGCGCCCCGUCAGCUACGUGGACGAGCUAUGCGGGACGUUCGACGCCGUGUGGCUUCGGGCGGCCCGCGGCCAGCUGGAGGCGCAUGCGGGCGCCCCCCAGGCGGGAGGUAAGUAUGACGCCGUCCUGAUGGUGAUCGGCACGGUCAUGGCGCUACAGAUACGCAGGGCGCACGGCUUGUCCACCCUCGUGGAGAAGGCCGACCUGGAACACGGCUACGACCUCGCCUGGCGGGAUGCUGUACGAGUUCACUUGCGACGAGCCGGUUUGGGGGGGCACCUUUGGCCGGUUGCUGACGCAGCCCUGGGAUCCGAAACGAUCCGGGUCCGCAUCGGCGGGAUUGCAGGGGCGGCGGCUGUCCCUACCGAGUUUGGCGUCGGGCAAGGCCGCCGGGCGGGGGUGCGCAUGUUUGGCGCACUGGUGCGGGCAUUGUUGGAUGCUUGCUCCGCCGUGGCCUCGGGCGUUGGUGUCGCCCCGCCGGCGGUGGCGGCGCGCGCGUUCCACGAAUGCCACCAGGCCGCAACUCUUGCGCCUGGCACGGAAAUAGCUUGGGGGGCUGUCCGUGCAGAGGAGUUGUUGGUAUCGGUGCGGCCUGGGGUGCCGGACUGGCACCAGCACCUCCAGGCGCUAGGUACCGUCGCGGACAGGUGCGCCUUCCUCGAUGCCGUGGCCGCUCACGCGCUCCUGAUCCUCCAGUUCGUGGACGACUCGUUCGUGUUCCAGUCGUCGGCCGCGGGGCUGGCCGCCGUAAACCGGGCACUGACGGAGUUCUGUUUGACGUGGCGCCACCGCUUCCAAGGCGGCCGCAAACGCCCCAUGGUGCUGGCCGUGGGGGGUGGGCCUGUGUCGGACAACUUCGGCACUGUGUGCGGGGUGCCGCCGGAGGUUACCCAAGUCCUCGACAUGUUGGGCGCCCCCGUGGAGCAGGACCUCGGGUUCCACGCCCUGCUCGGGCGCGCGUGCUCGCGGCUACGCGACGGAGCGCGCAAGCUCGCGGCCGCCCUCGCGCAGCGAGGUUUCGGCCUACCCUACCAGGUGGCGCAACUUCCAGCGCGAGUCGUGGCCAAGGCGUUCUACGGCGCGGAGUUGCUGGCCAGCUUCGCGUCGGGAUGGCAGGCCGCGGUGACGCGGGUGAACCAUGCGCAGUACGAGGUCGCCAAGAUGCUGCUCGGUGGGGGGCCAGGGGUUUCCCUAGGCACAGGUGGGCAUGUUCGCGCGCUGGCGGAGACGCGGAUGCUGACGAGGUGGGGGACGACCCUGAUGCAGCGGAUCGCCCUCGGUCGGGCGCGGCUGCUUGCGCGACCACAUGGGACUCCCGUGGCCCAGGUGGUGGCGGGUACGCGGGCCACGACGGGUGCUACUUGGCUGGGCCACGCCGCCGAGGUGUCCCGUGCAUUGGGCAUUACCGUUGAUCUUCCGGCCGGCGCACUGUCCGAGGAGGCUCGCGCGGACCCCGAGGCCCGCAAACGGGCCGUCCAGCACUGGAAGCGCACUGUGGUGCUGCCGGCAGUCCUGGCGUACGAGCAGGCGUGGUUCGUCUUGCAGCUGGGCGCGGUGGGUACUAGUGGUCUCUUGCCAUACCGAGAGCUGAUUCCAGUACGUGGGCCGCUCUCCGCUGGCGUACGAUGGGCGCCGUGGGGGCGUGCGAUGUGGCGCUUCUACCAGGCCUGGGCACUCGCGCGGGCGUCGGGCCGCAUGCCAGUGGAAGUGUGGCUGGCCGAGGGGGUCGCCGCCGUUCCCCUGGCGUGCCCACUGUGCGCCGCCCCUGCACCGGAGGGGUGCACUCUGGUGGAGUGCCUCGGGCACUUGCUGUCGGCGUGCCCUGCGGUGGCCCCCCUGCGCGUGGCGUGCUCAACCAGUGACGUGGCACGGUGGGCGCUCGGCGACGUGGAGGACACCGCCGCACUCGCGCCGCGGGUCCGCCUGGUGGGUCUCGCCUCGCGUGCUUGGGUACUGGGCGUGAGGGCGGGGGCAGCCGGCACUGCAGCGGCCGCGCGGGAGGGAGGGGAAGGGUGA